AUGGACUGGGCGCUUGUCGAGCUUGACGCUUCCCGAGUCCCCCUCCAGAGGCUUCCAUGUGGCCUCUCUUACGGCGAACUCGACAGCUUCAAAGCCCCCACGAUCAGUCCCAUCUUCCAGGACUUUGUCCCCCACAACGGCAUCUGCGAUGUACCCCUGCUUUUCUCGAGUCUGGGAGAUCAGUCCAGCCACACGCGCGCGGCUUUCAAAGUCGGACAGAGGACCGGCGCCACGAUGGGCUCCAUCAACGAGGUCGACUCGACGACCUACCAAGACUCCACCGACGAUAUGGGCAACCCCUUCGAGGUCGCAGGCAGGAUGGUCUCCAUCGUGAGCCCGAUCGACUGCAAGACCGGCAGCGACACUGCAACCCACUGCUUUGCACGUCUUGGAGACUCGGGCAGCCCGGUCUUUGACUACGAGGGCCGCCUGUUCGGCAUGUACCAGGCCUUCGAGAUACCUCCCUCGGAUCCCGAGAAACCACUCUCGCGGCCCCCGUCCACCGGCGACGUCCACUUUGUGCAGCGCAUCGACCUCGUCCGAGAGGACGUGGAGAGGGUCCUGCGCUCCGACCCUGCCAACGCCGGCUACGAUGUGGAGCUGGAGUGGUACUCCAGCGGCGACUGA